GCCCCCCCUUGCCAAAGAAGGAGACGUCAAGGCAAGAAUGCAGCUGGGGAUAUGAACAGGCCUAGUAUCUCUCCUCCAGUGAUAUAAAUUUGAGAGGGAUGAAGGCCCUGUGGCCUUUUCCAUCAUAGAAGAGCUGCCUUGGUGUUACUGACGAUGGCCCCCAAGAAGCCAGCAGCCCCUCCUCCAGCAGGCUUCGCCCUGGACAUUAAUGACGCUCAGGUGCAGAAUGCUGCCAUUCGCAUCCAGGCUUCCUACCGUGGGCACAGGUCCCGCAAAGAACUGAAAGAGAAGGGCCCUCCACGAGUGUUGGAGAACCUCAAAGAUGUGAUGCUGAUUGAGGGAAGUGCGGCUAAGCUAGAAUGUCGCAUCAGUGCCUUCCCUGACCCAUUUAUCCGCUGGUCCAAAGAUAAUGUAGAGCUCAAGGAUGGGCCCAAGUACCGCUACAUCUUUGAGGACCCUGAUAUUGUAGCACUGGUAGUGCGUGACGCCGGCCUUGCUGACCUGGGCAAGUACACUAUCUCAGUGAAGAACCCCUUCGGAGAGUGUUUCGACUCAGCACGUCUCCUUGUGGAAGUACCUGCCAAGAUUGAAAAGGGCCCAGACAGCACAAAGGCUAAGAAGGGCAGCACUGUCAACCUGAUAGCCCAUAUCAGCGGGGAGCCAGCACCAGAUGUGGGCUGGGCCAAGGAUGGGGAGGAUAUUGAAGAGGAUGAUCGCGUGUACUAUAAUAUCGGCAGUGACUCAACAACUCUCACCAUCAAGAAGGUGACACCAGCAGAUGCUGGAAAGUAUGAGGUCUUCGUGGAGAACAGCCUGGGCAUGGACCAGUCCUUCGCACGUGUUGAUGUGAUUUGAGCCCCUGCCCUCCACCUGUAUGGCUCCCCCGCACAAAAAAAUCUCUCCAUGCUCACCAAAUAUGGCCCAGGGUAUCCUACUGCCAGACCCUGGAAUCUGACUGAGGAUGGAAAAUGGCACUGCCUAGCCCCUCAGAGCUGGGGAAAACCAAUGGGACCCUCAAUGGUGCUGCAGAAUUAGGGUAUCCCCCUAAGAUGAAAUAGAGUAGCCUGUUGUUUCUCUCACUGCCCCCUCAAUUCUCUCACCAAUGUAACUGCCUCAGUAGCUGCACCACGUGGUCCCUGACUCCCUGGCAAGACUUCCCCAUCCCGCCCCAGGACUGAUUCUAUUCCUUGGACCGAUGGGGUCAUGCCCAGCCAAUAGCAUUGCCACAAAUGCGUCAUGGGCAGCAGCAUGCCCUAAACACCAGCACCCCUUAAACGGUACCGCAGAGACGGUGAACCACCCCAGGAACUUCCAGACUUGUCUUGCCUGUUUUAUUGCUGUAUGAACUAAAUAAAACCACUUGAUAAGACAA